CCGGAAUGGGCCGAUUCAAAUUCGAAAUACGUUGUGAGAAAAUCGCGGCGUCCAUGCGCUAUUUUUCGCACAGCCGACUCGAUUAUUUAUUGUAUUUAUUGUGAAUAAACAAUAAGCGGAAAGGUUCCAAAACAGCAAUAAGAAUCAAGGUCUCAAUUUUGCCCCGAAGCGAGUUAAAUGUGAUGUCAUAAUGACAUCAUCGGGAAGCGCUGUGGUGCGAAAUGUAAAAAAAAUAUUAGACAGAUAAGAGGAGACGGUGUGUAGUGGCCAUAGGCAGAAAACUAAUGAAAAAGGACCCGAAUAAAAAAAUCGCAUCGUUGUUCGCGAGUUCGGUGGGUUCGUAUUCGUUGCCGAUCAGUAAAUGAGUUUUCGCCAUUGGUGUUCUCCAGAAUCAAUAGAAGUUGACGUCACGGUGGGUGCUUGUCGGAGCGCCGAGCGGCGCUAUCAGUGAGCGGGGGGGGACCCAGUGCACUUGUAACUUGGCUAGUAGUGUCAUGUAUUCGCGCAAGUGUUUGGAACUGUCUUACGUUUUGUUAUUGAGGUAGUUUAUAGUGCACCGCUAAAAUUGUGAUAACCGACUACGUGGGAGUAAUGGACAUUCUCGCCGAUUGCUAGGGUACCAGGAACAGCAUUCCAUGGUGCUCCGAUGAAAAAGGUAGAGAAGUAACAACGACGUAACUCAUCAUUUCGGUAACCCAGUCGUCGGAUUUUCGGCGAUUUUUACACUGCAUCCUCGCCGGUUUUUAAUUUAGCGGUUCAAAAUUGCUGCCAUGGGUCGCAAAAAAAUACAAAUAUCCAGGAUUACCGAUGAACGGAAUCGACAGGUAACAUUUAACAAACGAAAAUUCGGUGUAAUGAAGAAAGCCUACGAAUUGUCGGUGUUGUGCGACUGCGAAAUAGCGUUGAUAAUCUUCAGCAGCAGCAACAAACUCUACCAGUACGCCAGCACGGACAUGGACAAAGUUCUACUUAAGUACACCGAAUACAACGAGCCGCACGAGUCGCUGACCAACAAAAACAUUAUCGAGGCACUUAAUAAGAAGGAGCAUAAGAAUGGAGUGAUGAGCCCGGACAGCCCCGAACCUGAGACUGAAUACCAACUGACACCUCGUACUGAAGCCAAGUACAGUAAGAUAGAUGAAGAUUUUCAGAUGAUGAUACAAAGGAAUCAAUUAAACGGACAAAGGAGCAGUAUGAGUUCUUCGAAUUAUUCCCAGCCCGUUUCAGUACCUGUAAAUAUAAGCUACAGCGAUUCUGCACUUCUUCAAUCUAGUCCACAAAUGGCUCAUACGAAUAUUAGUCCGCGACCGUCGUCGUCCGAAACAGAUUCUGUAUAUCCUAGUGGCGGUAUGUUGGAAAUGAGCAACGGUUAUCCGAAUUCUGCUUCGCCGAUGGGCAAUUCCCCGUCGCCGGGACCGUCUCCGGGACCCGGUCUUAGCACUUCCAAGCAACACUCCAAACAACAUUCGCCCGGACCAAGGAAUUUAAGAGUAGUCAUACCCAGCGGCUUAGGACCAAGUAUUACGACCGACGACGUCUCUUACUCGGAGACUCCCGGCUUGUCCAACUAUCAGAGCGCAUUGAGCUCGUUCGGCGCGCAGGAUUUCAGCAUGGGCUCUGACAUGGGCUUGGCGUCGAUGUCUUGGAGCCAUCAGAUACCCACGUCCAUAACACACAACACUUCGUGCCUACCCCAUCUUGCAGUGUCCAGCAGUACUCCGCCGCCUACUUCGUCAUCACCGCUUCCUGUCAAGAUUAAAAGCGAGCCGAUAUCACCUCCACGGGAGCAUCAUCCACAUUUGAGUACAGCCGUCCACCAUCCACACGUUCAAACAUUGAAUCUGACUCACAGUCACCAUCCCCGGCCUAGUUCUGCUGGUCAAAUAACACCGACGCCGGGCAGCGUGACGCCUACGAACCUCCCAUCCCCCACGGGGCCUGCAAAUAGCGGUACGGAAUACGCAGAUACCGUGUCGAUGCAUAAGAGGCCCAGGCUUACAGAUUGGCCCUCCUAGAGCUACCGUUAAUAAUUACUGCUUGUUCUCAACUACGUAGGACACUAAGUGCCAUAGUGAUAUACGCAAGUGUGGAUGAUUAGAACAUAGUGUUACUAUUUUAAUUGCCAAUUAUCAUCCAUGUGAUAAACUACGAGUCUUGUAGAGCAAUUAUUUCUAAUUUUUUGUUUCUUUGAACUGGUCAAACAGUUUUUUUUUUAACUUUUUAAGUGAGAAGUUAUUUUUUGUAGAAAGGAUAUGAGGUUUUUACUAGAAUGAAGAAUGUAUGUGUGGGGUGGUGUAAAGCAUCAUUAAGUACUUUACUUUCGAUUCUCAAUUCAAAUUAAUACGUGUACCUCUACUUUUUUUUUAUUAUUAAGUUGUUAUUAGCAAAACAAUCAGUACAUCUAAUAGUUUUUCAAAUAACUGCGUGUAAAUACAUACAAACUGUAAGAGAAAAAUUCGGAGAUUUCUCGCGAAUAUUCGAAGAAAACAUUUAUUUGAUUACGUUUUAAAUAUAUUGGAUAUAAUCCAACAAAUUAGCUAUAAAUACUCAGUUAUUAUAUGCGAUAUAAUUUACUCAGUUAACACUAAACUUCUCCUGUAAUUAUCUAGUUGGGACAAUUUUUUGACAGUUUUCCAGUCUCUGUAAUAUAUCAUAGCUUUAUUGAAGACUCACAAAUGAUAAUGUAAAUACAUAUAAGGACGUUUUUUAAAAACAAUGUACAUUUAAAUCAUUCUAUAUUUUCCAUUAAUUACAAGUGCAAUUAAAUUAAGUAAAUUGUAUUUAACGACAAUACAAUUUGGCUCACCGACGUGCAUUACUUAGAGAAAGCUACGCAAGUUUCAGCUCGCCAGUCAAUAUUUUAUUGGUGAAUAUUGUUAAUGUGAAUAAAGUAAUUGUCAAUUUAAUUCAAAAUUAAAAUAUACAGUUAUGCUACACUUAAAGGGGCUUCUUUUAAUUUUACGUAUUGUACUUGAUCGCUUUUCAAAAGCUUUCAAAACAUUUUCUGGUAAUUUUCUAUGUCAAUUGCAUAGCUGUUAAACAACUUUAAUAUUUAAGAUGUAAAACUGUCAAGAGAUAUGUCGCAUUAAAAAUUCGAGGAACAUUCGAUGUGCUGAUUAUUUUUAUUUUGAAAAUUUAAUGUUUUUUAAGAAUUCUCUCUGAAUGUUGAACAAGGGUUGUGUAUAUUUUACAAGGCCAAAAUUUUUUAAUUGUCGAGUACAAUUUUAUAGAGCGUUUUUAAAGGGAAGUAUAUUUAAAAGGAAAGAAUUCUUAUAAAUGUUAAUUCUGAUUACGUUAACAAGGUGUUUCGAUUUUUUAGUACUUUAUGUGUGUGUAUAUCAAUGGGGGACAUAUCAGUUUGUUAAAUGUUCAUUUAACUAAUUUUUUUAAUGAUAUAAACUCCGUUGACAAUAUAUUGAGACAAAAAUUAACUCACGUUUUCAUCACAAAACAAAUGAAGCUUUAAGAAACUGACAUACCUUCAUCAUUUACAAGCAGAUUGGAAUAUGUAUAUUAUAUAAAUAUAUUUUCACCAUUUAUAUAUGUUAUAUAUGUUGAAGCCGACAUUUUGUUCUCAUUCGAAAAAACAUAUAUCUAUAUAUAGUGCCAUUAUUUUCAUGUAAUUAUUAGUGUCUUUUUUUAUAAAUGUUUUUAGAAAAAUAGCAUAUUUAAAAUGUACACUUGUUAUAUUAGUGAGGAUGCAGCCACUAACAACAUACAGAGCAGAUUAAUUCGUUUCAUUUCUUUUUAAUUGAAGAACAAAACGAGUUGGGAAAUGAAUUUUAAUCGACAGUUCUGAUGAAGACGAGUAUUUAUAAACGAAAGGUUGUUUUAUUGAAUUCGGACGGAUCUACGUAUUGUUCUCGUAUUGUUCUUUUGAUUAGCUGGUUUGGUAAGACUUGUCUGACACUGUAUCGUACUGUGCAGAAUACAUCUUGUUCUGUAAAAAUUGUAUUUGUUCGUGUUGUAUUGGUGCUUUCCCAAUUCUAAUAGAGCAGUAGAAAUGUACAUUUGUAAACAAAAAACCAAAGAACCCUUUAUAUUUGUUGUUAAAAUGUUGAUAAUACCGGUUUGCGAAGACGCAACAGAUAUUAAACUAUAGCUGUGGUUAGUACAAUAGUACCUACUUCACAUUUAUUAACCAAGGAUUAGCUUAUUUUUUCAUUAACAUUAUUGUGGUACGAAAGGUGCUAUUUUUUGGCUUGCAAAGCAAAGCCGUCGUAAUUUAAAAUAUAUAAGGAACUUUAGGUUAUAGAGUUAUAUACAAAGUCAUUUUUUUUGUAAUUUCACUUUGCAAUUUGUAGUUGAAUGUUUUAAAAUGUUUAAUUUACAUUAUGAGCUGUUUCUGCUGAUUGUUAUAAGCGCUUAUAUACAUGAUCCAAUAAAUUUUUUUUUUGAUUUCGAUUCCUUUUUUUUAUUUUAUUUUAUACUUUCUUUAGUGCCAUUUGUUCAUAAUCUAUUAUUACACAGUUUUGUCAGGUACAAAACAGUUUUUUUUAGUUAUUUUUAUUGGAUUGCGUACAUUAGCACUAAAAUAUCAAUAUCAAUUUAGUAAAGAACUUCGUUCGUCAAAAAUGUUUAGAUUUUUUUCUUGUUCAAAGAGCUUGUAAUUAAAUGGUAUCGUAUUGAAAAAUGUUUAAUGUUAAGCGAUGUUAUUUAUCAUAUAAAACAUCGAUUCAAAAGAAGCCUUAUCAGAAAUGUUUCGGUGAAAAAACAUGUAUUAAGGGAAGAAAACCGCCACGUAAUUAGAAAAAAUAAGCUAAUGAGCGGUUGUAUUUUGGCACCUCUUCAAAUGUAAAGCCACGAUGUAAAGAAAAGUUGUUUUUUGUUGUAUUACAGUCGAUGUACCAUACACAAUGGCUGUUAAAUGUGGUGUGCGUAAUAGCAUUCACACCAUGAUUGUUCACUGUAUGUACAGUACUGCUUUUCCCAAGGAACCUAGAGUGUUCAAUGCUGUAGCCUUUCAAUUUGUUUGUGAUUUCAAAGUACAUCUAUUCUGUAUAUUGACCUACACAAAGUAAUUUAUAUAAAUAUAAAUUUUAUUAUACUAUACAUAUAAUAUAUUUUACUACUGUUGUGUGCACAAACCUUGCACAUAGUAUAACAAAUUUUAUUAUAAAAAAAACGUGUAUGCUUUUCAUACGUCAUGGACCAAUCGUUUCGAAAAUUGUUAUACGAAAUUUGAAAUUUCUUCAAUUUAGUAAAUGCGCAAAGUGUUAUUAUACCGCACUUAUUAUAAUGUUAAAAAGGACUUUCGAUAUUUCGAUAUUACUAAAUAUGAAGAAGGUUAAAUAAAACCUAUUUUUGAAUGAAAUCUGCUACAAAAAAAAAUGAGUUGAAGUAGUUUUGUGUGCCAUAAAUUAAUACGGGUUGUUAUUAAUUUGUUUUAUGCUUCUUCUUACUCAAUUAGUUUUAUCCCACUUUACAUUAUUAUAUUUACCUAAAAAGCCUAUAAGUACAUAAUAAUUGUUUAGUCAAUUGCACUGUAAUUGUUAAUAGCAAAAUUGUAAUUUCUUUGUAUCAGAUUUCCUGCAGAAACUAAUUUUAUACAAUCUAUUUUAUACAUAUAUUUCAUAUUUGUGAUAAGCGUUUUUAUCUCGGCCGUGACUCAUGGAAGGUGUACAAUAUAUUUUUGACUGGGAUGUCAGAACGUAAGUCCCAUUUGAUUCCGCUUGUCGGAUAGACCCUAUUUCCACUAAACUACUGUAGGAUUGCCUUACUCACAGUGCCUCGACAGUAUGUGCAGAGUUCCGAAGUAGAGAUGAAAAAUUGACAAACUCCUACAAGGCGGUCUUUUUCUGAUUCAAUUUUCUCAAGAUUGAUAAGAACGAGACCUUUGAAAAAGAACCUGUACGGUUACAUGAUCUGAAUUUAGAAAAAAAAAUAACUGAUGUCAAUUUUGGAACGCUGUGUAUAUCUUUUGUGUAGUACAUAAUUAAUGGCUUUAUUAGUCAUCUUUAAUGUUCAUAUCCAAUUUUUAUAGCGGCUGCGGUAAUUUCUAUCUCAGACUACUGUUCUCGUUGAUCGUUGAAAAUUGCAAGAACCAAAGAUUCGACGUUAUUUGAACAUUUUGAUCUAUAAUAAUGCUAGUCUGAUUUAAAACGAAAGUUGUUAUUGCGACUAGGCAAAUUAGGCACCGUUAUAAAUUUAAUGUAAAUUUGUUAAAAAGAAUUAGAUUUGCAGGUUAUUUUUUUGUUUCAUUGCAAAAUAAUACCUGUAAAACUGUAUGUAUACCCGUUUAUUGUUUCUAAUUAGUGCCAAAUAGUUAAUAUUCGUGAAAUUGUUGGAUAGAUGCAUAUUUUAUUUGAAAAGUUACUGCAACCACUGUUUACUGUUUCCACUCAGAAAAAAAUAAUUUAUAUAUUUUUAAAAGUCACAUAUGAAUAAUGGUACACAACACUAAAAAAUUAUUGUCUCCAUCCUGUAUAAAUAUUCAAGAUUAUAUUAUAUAAACCUACUCGUUGAUAGAAGGUCAAGAAUGAAUCAUUGUAGAUAAUUUAUUCAAAUUCUAAUAAUUAGAAAAUAUUUAAUGUCUCUAAUAUACAGCGUGUUUACACACUGAGCACACAAUGAGAAUAAUUUACCACUUCCUCAUUCUGAUUUCAAAACGUAUUUCCUUGGCAAAAAAAUAUUCUUAAAACAACAAUUAAAUUAAAGUGAACUCGAUUCGAUAAUAAAUUAACAAAUUCAAGACAAUUAGCGUUCAAUUGAUACAAAAGUAUUACGCAAAAUGUACAAAUUAAUCAUUCUGUGAUAGCGAAUAAUUUACACGAACCUUCCAGUUGCACAGAUAGUGCGUAUUUGUCUAUAUGCGAAAUUAUUGAAACAUUUUAUAACAAUCAUAUCAAAAUAUUUAUCGUAACACAAAAUCACAAACAAAUAUGAUGACCCUAUACACACAAUUCUCUUGUAUAAAUCAAUGUGAACAUGUUUAUAAAACGUGCAUUACUCAAACAAGUAAAUGUUUGAAAUAUCUAUUUGUUUUGUGGUUGGCAUCUUUGUGAUUAUCUGCACUUAAUGUGAAAAGUGUUUGCAUGAUCCAACAUAUUGUUUUCUCGUCUCACAUUACCGAUCUGUGCAUAUCUCUUUGGUAAAGCACUGCCGCUAAAGUACCGAAAAGUAUGUACAGUUUCUCACGAAACCCCUUUCAAUUACCCUUGAUAACUGUGCUGCAAAAACCAUUUGUUAGAUAUCCAUUAGCAGUUCGAUAUCUAUCAAAAUUAGUAGGAGAUAAUGGUGUCUACACGUCUAUAUCCGAUAAUUCCGAAACCGGAAUAUUUGAUGUUUGCAUGAAAACUGCACGUAAAAUUGUCUAUAUCCUAUUUGCCAUCAUUCAAAGGUUUAAUUUCAGUAUCAUACUGAAGAAAUUACUGCAAAAUGCUUGAUUAAGCGGAAGAAAAACAUUUUCAUUUUGCCGUAAAUGCUUUGUAUGUCUUGUCACGCAUGUUGCAUCUUAUGAAAUAGCUGUAAUCGGUUAGCAGGGAGCUCUAUUGUCGUGUUACUUACGCCAAAUGCCACAUUCUUUUAAUAUCACCUCAAUCAACAAGCCUCUAGAACAGCAUCAAAGCAACAGAAUAAUUAUGUUUUUUUCUUGCAGUAAUGGCUUCAGCACAAGUAAAUGGCAUUUCGAAUAGAAUACAAUAACUACAAGUGAUAUUUUACGUAUACAUAUAAAUUUCUAGCAAAGAAAUUAAAGUUUAUAAAAUUUAUUUAUAUACUAUGAAUUGUUUAUAAAAAAUUCAGGGCUGUGUAGAUUAUCAAGGAGUUGUAUGUAGAAAGUAUUGCUAGGCUAGUCUUGGAAGACAUAGUAGAAUUAAAUAUGCAAAUUGAAAUUGCACCACGUCAAGGAACACUUGUUAAUCCAUUUGUUGAGGUAUAAAGUAGGUUUAAGGAUAAAUAUUGUAUAAAACGGACGCACAAUCAAUCUUCUAAGUACUUAAUCAUAAAUAUAAAUUUAAAUAGGCAUGCGUUGAUGCAUUUUAAUUUUUUUGUUGGAACAUUUAAUGAGCGUAGAGGCUUGUAGUUUGAGAUAGAAUACGAGUUUUAUUGAAAUUUACAGGGUAUUGCGCCAUUCUACAACUUUAAACUAGGUGGCACAUUCUUACUGACCAGCCUGAUUACCGCUGCUUUGUGCCUUCUUGUUAUCCUCAAAAAAAACCUUUUCCGAUGUCUCUUUAAUAGCUUUUGUGUCACUGCACUUAAGUACUGUUAUCGCUUCUUAUAUGUUUAAAAAAAUUGUGAAAUAAACACUACCAUUAAUAGGAUCGUUUCGUUCCUAAUACUGGUAUAGUCAUUGUUUUAGUUGAUGUCGCUGACAUUUGUUUUAUUGGAAAUAUUCUUGUCAUGAUACUUUUAGUUAUUUAAUGUUAAGACAUUGAAUUUGAAGCCUCGAUUGUAAAAUGGACGAUAUGCCCAGCUACAUUUGUAUAUAUAGCCAUACUUUGUUGUUAACAGUCAUCUUAAUGUUAGCUGUUUCAUUUGCACACAAUUUCAUUUAUUUUGCAAAAAUACGUCCAUUUUUGACAUAGGCGUUUUUUUUAAUCAUGUGCAAUAUUAAUCUAUCAUUUAUUUAUCUAUGAUGUAUUUGAAUUUAAACCAAAUAAAAUUGUUUGUUACAAAA